AUGACAUUUAAAAAACGAACAAACAAUAACAAUAACAAAAGUGUAAUCGUUGAUUUGAGAAAAAAUACAAUAAUAACAGAAGCCUCGAAUGUUAAAAUUAAAAGGAAAAAAAAAAAAAAUGAAAAGCUUCCAGAUUUUUCAUGUUUAAAAAAAUUGAUAUACGAACAAAAGAAGGAUAAUUUUGUACAUUUAUUUUCCUUUAAUGAUCCAAAAAUUAAAGAGAAAAUUGACAAAUUUAAUAGUAUACUUGAAAACAGAAAAGAUAAUUAUAGUAGUGAAACAAAGAAAGAAGAUAUAAUAGCUAAAAAUUUUUGUGAAACAUCCACAUUUGGUUAUACAUUUAUUGAUAAAAUUCAAAAAUUUCCAAAUCAAGAUGAUAUAAAUGAUUUAAUACAACAUGAUGAAGAAGAAGAUGGAAACGAAGAAUAUUCAGAUGAAGGAAAUGAAACAGAAGGUCAAGGAAAAGAAAGAUCAGCAAUAAAAAGACGAAAUGGAAUUUCAGAAAAAUAUAUUCCAUACGAGAAAAAUGGAAAAGAAAAGGAUGGGCAUUACGCUGAUAACAAUUCUAUUUGUAGUAAUAAUAACAAUCGAUGGAGCGAAAAGGAUAUUUUUAAUAAAAAAUGCAUAGUAAAUAUGAAAAAAAAAGAUAAAAUGUUAGAUCAAUUAAAAUCCACAUUUGAUGAGUUCAAAAUAAAUACCCUUACCAUUCAACAAAAACCAAUUCAUGUGGUAGAUGAAAAUGGAAAAGAAAAAAAAAAAUUAUUUAUUUUUAAUAUGAAUAAUAAUAAUGGUGGAAAGAAUAAAAAUGAAAAAAGACGAAUUCAAAUUAUAUAUGAUAAAAACGAAAAUACUAAUUCGCAAGGAAAAACACAGAAUGAGGCAAAUCGAAACACAGAAAAUGAAAGCUCAUUAUACAACAUUGACCAAACAAAAGAACCAGACGAAAAUAUCAUAGAUUUAGUAAACAAAAUAAAUGAUCAAAAAGAAUCUUAUUUAUAUUUUGCUGUUAAAGAUAAUAAAUUGUUAUUAAAUCAAAACAAUGAUUAUUUUAGUAUUAUGAUGCAUUAUUUAUGUGAAAGAUCAAUUAAUACAAAUAUUCAAAUGUUAUAUUAUAUUAUUAUGAAACCAAGAAACAUGGAUAUGUUACUUUAUUUAAUUUUAACUUAUUAUAAAUUUUCAUUUGCAGAUAUAUUAGAACAAUUUGAAAAUAUAUCAAUUAAUAAUAUUAUUGAAAGUGCUUUUGAGGAAAUAUCUUUAUAUGAUUAUUAUUAUUAUUUUUUUCACACUCUUGAAGUAUCGCAUGAACAGUACUAUAUGUCAUUAGAAUUAUUUAACGGAAUGAAAAUGAUGAUAAAUAAAUACAAUUUUUUUCUAAAUAGAAUGCAUAGAAAUUCUAUUUUUGCAAAGGCAAAGUUUGUUUUGGGUAUGGGCGAUAUUCAAAAUGUCAAAGACGUUUUCUUAACUCGAAAUUCAGCGAUUCAGAAUCAGAGCAAUACAGCGAAUGAGAAAGAUAAUGAAGAAGAUGCAAAUGGGCUAAGUAGAAAAAAUGGAACAUUGCAAUAUAUCUUAAACACCAAAAUGGAUUUUAUAAACUAUCAACAAAAUAAUUUUUUUAGUGAAACACAUUGGAAUGAAAUCGAUAACUAUAACCACUUGAGUAGCUUAGAUAAGCUUGUUUAUUUUACAAAAGAUUUAUAUUAUAAAUUUACAAAAAAAAAUAUAAAAAACAAAUUAAAAGAAAUAACAUGUGAACAAAAACAUUAUGAUAAAGUACAAAUAAUUGAACAUUGUAAAAAAAAUAUUCCAGCAUAUAAAAAGAAUGUACAAUAUAUGAAUUUUUUAGGAGUAUAUUCUCAUUCUUUUAUUUGGCAAAUAUAUUGCACACAAUUAGAAAUAUUUUGUGCUUUAAAAUUUAAACGAAUAAUUUCUAUAAAUAUGCGUAAUGAUUGUCAAUUAGAAAAGUUAAAACAGUUUUUUUGUGAGCCCAUUGAACAAGAUACAAAAAAAGAAACAAAACUUGUUAAUGGUAAUGUAAGUGAAAUGGAAAAUUAUAAAAAGAAUUAUGGAAAUGUUUAUGACUUAAAACAGAUUGAAAAAGAAAUGAAUAAAACUCUUGAAAUUUUAAAAAAUUAUGUUGAAAAAAAUAAAAUCGAAAAUAUAUUUUUUCCAAUUUCAAUUGAAAUAGACAAUGAACUAAUCGAAAAAACUAAAUAUAUAAACGGGACGCCAUUGAAUGAAUUUAUAUAUAAUGAAUUUUUAUCAGGAAUAGAUUUAAAAUUAAGAGUUUUUAAAUUAAAAUGCAUAAUAAUAAAAAUUAUAAAAAUUAUAUUAAAAUUAUUAAAUUUAAAUGUUUUUAUUACAUUAAAAUGCUCAAGAAUAUUUCUUAAAGAAGAUAGUUUGAUUUUAAAUAUUGGGGGACCAUUGGGUUUACUUUCAAAGGAUGCUCUUAAUUUUAUUCUCUAUAAUAUUGAUGAAACGAUUGCAAUUAAAACAUAUAGUAAAAAUAUAUUUUAUUAUAUUCCUCCUGAAGUUAAAGCAAAUCUCAAAAAGUUUAAUUCCCAAUUUAAUGAUUAUACAAACAAAGGACCAAUUGAUGAUAACCUUUUGAUAAAUUUUCAAAUAAAUAAAGAUGUGAAUUAUUGUAAUGCUUUCUAUUUUCACGAUCAAAUAAAAUUACAAAAAGCAUAUUCUUAUAUGAUUGGUAGAAUAUUUGAAGAAACAUUAAUUGACACAUUUACAGGGGAUAAAUUUGAUUAUUUAAAUUUUGAUGAAGAAAUAAAAGAUUUUUUGAUGCGUUGUUUAGAAGAAAAUGUUGAAAAAAGAGAGCCAAUUGAGAAAUUGUUGACUCAUAAAUGUUUUUCAGAAUGUUUUGAUCUAUAUAUAAAUAUUUAUGACGAUAAUAUUAACUCAUAUAAAAAUGAUAAAGAAAAAGCAAUCCGAUUAAAGGAUUUAAAUUAUAUUAAUCAUUUUGAUUGUAAUAUAUUUACAAUUCCUUCUGAUCAUUCAUCGGGUGAAUUUUCUUUUUCCGAUUCCAGACAACUUAACACUUCGAGUCAGUGCACCGUCUCGAACUCGUAA